AGCAACAAAACCCUCUCUCUCUCUCUCUCUCUCUCUCUCUCUCUAUGCUUGUGCCUUUCUUUGCUUUGCCUUGCCUCACCACCACCACCGCCUCACCAUUCUCUCUCUGUCUUUCUCACACCUACACACAAGUACACAAAACAAGCACCUUUGGAAAAUUUUCAAACACACCGACCCCAAAACACAAAAACCAUUUAAACCCUCCCCUAUUUAAAACCCCACCAUUUCUACUGCAUUAAGAAAAUCAUUACAAUAAGAAAAGAGAGAAAAAAUAACCCUUAUUUGUUGUACCCUCAUCAAUAAUAUUUUUAGUCUUCGUUGUAACCCUUAUCUUCUUUCUACUUCUUCCCCAAUAUUUACUACUAUUUAUUUCAGAAUGGUUCGGUUUCGUUGACAAACCUUUGGAGUUUGCUGUGCACAUCUCAUCUCUACAAUCAAAGAUUGUCUCUUUUUCUCUAUUUUUUCAUCUGGGGUUGCGUAUAUUAUUGUUAAAUUCAUGUCAGGUUUAUACACACACAAUUUCUCGCCUGCAAGAACUGUGUCUCCACAUAUAAGAAGUGCCUCGGAUGUGGACAGUCAGUACUUGGCAGAGCUGUUAGCAGAGUACCAGAAACUUGUACCCUUCGUGCAAGUCCUUCCUAUUUGUAGCCGACUCUUGAAUCAAGAGAUAUUACGGGUUUCUGGAAUGAUCCCCAAUCAUGGGCUUAGUGACUUUGACAGACUGCAGCGUGGAAGCCCUAGCCCUAUGGCUUCAUUUGACAUGAUGGCAAAUAAUAGAGGAACGGGCUUCAAUGGUUGGAAUGGCCUGCAGCAUGAUCGGUUAGGAGGACCACAAGGGAUGAAUAUGGACUGGCAAGUGGCACCAGCAAGUCCAAGUUCCUAUAUUGUCAAGAAGGUUUUGCGCUUGGAGAUUCCUGUUUAUAGCUAUCCGAAUUUUAACUUUGUUGGGCGGUUGCUGGGCCCUAGAGGCAAUUCACUGAAGCGGGUGGAAGCUUCUACAGGUUGCCGAGUGUUUAUUAGAGGAAAAGGUUCAAUAAAAGACCCAGAUAAGGAGGAGUCAUUGAGGGGAAGACCAGGUUAUGAGCAUCUGAAUGAUCCGCUACACAUUUUAAUUGAGGCUGAAUUACCUGCCAAUGUCAUUGAUAUGCGGUUGAGACAAGCACAAGAAAUCUUAGAAGAACUUCUUAAACCAGUGGAUGAGUCACAAGAUAUUCUUAAGAGGCAACAGUUGAGGGAACUGGCUAUGCUAAAUUCCAAUUUUAGAGAAGAGAGCCCUCAACCGCAUGGUACCAUCUCUCCUUUCACUUCCAAUGGAAUGAAACGAGCUAAAACGGGACAAUAGUAAUUUACUUAGUUCAAUCUUCUAUUUUGUUCAUCUAUUAUACAGUCCAAGAUAUUCUUGCCAAUUCAUGGCCCUUGAUGUAUUUCAAUUCUGUAUAGCUACAAAGAGAGGGCCUUUGCUGAUAUUUCUGAAACAUUAUAGAUGGAGCAUUUUUCAGUGACAUAAAUUUUAACAGGGGGAGGAAAGAGAAAUUCUUUUAUCA